GCUUCCGAAAGUUAGCGACCAGAAAAACCCCCAUACGCGGCGUAGGCAAAUUUUGAAGAGAGAGAAAAGAAGACUCAUCAUCAUCAUCAUAUUGAAGAAAGAGGAUGAAGGGUUCAACGAAGAAGCCGAUCCAGGUUGUACGGACAUGGGUACGGAGGCAGCCACCAAAGAUCAAGGUCCUCUUGGCCUUCCUCAUCGCAAUCGCCGCCCUCAUUUUCAUCCGCAUGGUCGUUUAUGAUCACGACAACCUCUUUAUUGCCGCUGAGGCCGUUCACGCCCUCGGAAUCUCUGUUCUUAUUUACAAGCUUGCCACCGAGAAAACUUGCGCUGGUCUUUCACUGAAGUCCCAGGAACUUACGGCUAUAUUCUUAGGCUCUAGACUCUACUGCAGUUUUGUAAUGGAGUACGAUGUACACACCUUACUAGAUCUCGCUACACUAGCUGCUACAAUUUGGGUUAUCUAUAUGAUGCGUUUCAACCUAAAAUCCAGUUAUAUGCGCGAGAAAGACAACGUUCCUAUACAUUAUGUGGUGAUUCCGUGUGCGUUAUUAUCUCUAGUGGUUCAUCCCACAACACAUCAUCACAUUAUAAACAGGAUUCUAUGGGCUUUUUGUGUUUAUAUGGAAGCUGUAUCAGUACUGCCACAACUUCGUGUUAUGCAAAAUACCAAGAUUGUUGAACCGUUCACGGCACAUUAUGUUUUUGCUUUAGGGGUUGCAAGGUUUCUAAGUUGUGCCCAUUGGAUUCUCCAGGUCCUAGAUACCAGGGGAGGUUUGUUGACAGCUUUAGGUUACGGAUUAUGGCCUCCAAUCGUUCUCCUUUCUGAAAUCGUUCAAACAUUUAUACUUGCUGACUUUUGCUAUUACUAUGUUCAAAGUGUUAUGGGUGGCCAACUUGUUUUACGCCUUCCAUCGGGUGUGGUGUGAGUUGGAAGAAAGAGAGCGUAGUUUAUGGGACUAAUGACUCCCUGUAAUAGAGAUAGUAAGCACCGUGUUCUUGUUUAUGUAAAGGUUUUUUUCUAACGUUUUUAUUUCUAGUUUUUUUGGGAGUCA